CAAAGAUCUUGUCUGAACGGCGAGGAUCAUCACCUCGUUGACCAACAUCAAACUCCGUGACUGUAUUAUUUCACUUGAAUUCUCCUCAUAUCAAUCUUCCAGCAUGUCGGAUGGCCCUGGUCUGCUGGCUUUAAGCCCGCUCGACCACAUCCCGGCGAAGCUCUUCCUGCCGUAUAUCCUGUACUUCGACACGACCGACACGCAGACAGCCCUCUCCACCCUCCAGAAAGGAAUUGACAGGUUGAUUUCAGAAUUGCCCUGGCUCGCCGGAGAUGUGGUUCUCUAUAGUGUGCCAGACGGGCCCAAGAACCGAAUGCAUAUUGCGCCCCCACGUGUUCCUCUUUCUGAUGUCCCUAUGCUGAAGACCAAGCACUUUGACGGCGAUGCAGACUCUCAUUCUCACCCGAUCCAGUCCUAUCUGCCUCUGCCCACAUUUAUCCCAGCCUCCCAACAGCGUCCUGUUCUUCGCUUUCAGGCAAAUGUAUUUCAUAGCAGGAUCAUUGUGGCCAUGUCCUUCUGGCACAGCGUCUUUGAUGGUACCGGGGCCGGUGUGAUCCUGGAAGCAGUCGCCGAGUGCUGCAAGUCAACCAACGAAGAAAUCACAACCAGCCUCGCGCAGACUAUCGCGAAGACCCAUGAUGAUCUCCGGAAGGAAGUCGCAAAAUUUCCAUCUAAAUGUGUGAAGCGCCUCGACCACAGCAUUGAGUUGGGAACGCCUGUUUUUGAUCCCAACAUUUCCACUGAGCAAUGGAAUGCAAUGGAAUCUGCCUUGUCCUCUAUGGUCGAGACAAAGCGAUACACCUUCAGCUCCGAGAAAGUAGCCAAGGUGAAGGACAUUUGUACUCAACUCAUGCCUCAGUUGCAGUCCUCAAAGUGGAUCUCUAGCAACGAUGUUAUUACUGCAACACUGGCCAUCUGUGUCGACCGAGCCCUUCACCCGGAGCGAGCAGACAGAACCCAAAGCGCCGAUUUCCUGAUGGCCGUUGAUUUGCGAAGCCGAGUUGAUCCUCCGCUACCAGAGACCUACCUGGGGAACGCGAUCUUCCCUGUUCAUGAUGAUAUCUAUUCUGAAGAGAUGGCAGGCCAGACAGGAAAUGAUGCAGAUACCCUACAUCUAGCUCAGUUGGCACUGCGUAUCCGCAUGAAGCUUACAACCAUGGACAAGACUCUCAUGUAUAGCGCAUCAGCCGCCGUCGCCGACUAUGAAGAUUGGACCAAGGUUGAAGCAGGACCCGCGGGGAUCAUUGUAACCAGCUGGAGAGGUCUCAAGGUCUUUUCGCUAGAUUUUGGCGCUGGACUGGGCCACAUUGUAGACUUCGAGCCCGGGCUCACGCUUGUCCCUGGUGGGUGUAUCUUUCUGCCGUCACGGACGUCCUUGGAGAAAAGUGGGUCGUCUUCAAUGUGGGAAGUAUGCAUCACCCUGAAAGCUGGGGAUUCCCAAUUGCUUGAGAAGGAUCCACUGUUCAACCGGAUCUUGGCAUGAUAAUGGCUGGUGAAAUGUAGUAUAUGGCUAUCUGGACUGUACUACGUGACGGUGUUGACGGAAGUUCUCUUUGACUCUACUAGCAUUGUUCGCAUUGUCGCUAAGUUGAGGUUGCCAGGUACAAGGCACAUUAGACAGUGUUAGCAGUGCUGCUUAGUAUAUUCACAAGGUGCUAGGUUUCAUCUUAU